AUGGCUUGUGUCACCUUGACAAUCAGGUGUCAAGGCCCAGCUGCGAGGAUUCUGCGGUCUCUCUGCCUCGUUUCUUCCAGAAGCUUCAGCAAAGGCAAAACUGCCUCGGCGGCUCAGAAUUUUACAGACUACAACUCCAUUUGCGAGCAGUAUAAGCCGGAGGUGCCGGAAUAUUUCAAUUUUGCCAAAGAUGUGGUGGAUAACUGGGCUCAGUCAGAAAAGGAAGGAAGGCGCCUCUCCUGCCCUGCUCUUUGGUGGGUCAAUGAGCAAGGGAUCCAAGUGAAGUGGAGUUUUGAGGAGUUAGCCGCGGAGUCCAAAAAAGCCGCCACCCUGCUGUCUGAGCGGGGCGGCCUACGGAAAGGAGACCGCGUGGUGGUGAUUCUCCCUCGCAUUCCCGAAUGGUGGCUCAUGAACCUGGCUUGUAUCCGAACAGGAGCCGUGCUGAUUCCUGGGACUACACAGCUGACAGCAAAAGAUCUUCACCACCGCUUAGAGACUUCCAAAGCCAAGUGUGUCAUCACGGACUCUGCCCUGGCCCCUGUGGUGGACGUGGUGGCUUCCAAAUGCCCAUCCCUGGAGCUGAAGUUCAUGGUAUCCAAGGAACCCAGGGAAGGCUGGCUAAGCUUCAGCAGUUUGAUGGAGACUGCAUCUCCAGAGCAUACUUGCGUGGCCACAAAAAGCAGCGACCCAAUGGCUAUAUAUUUCACCAGUGGCACAACGGGAGCCCCCAAAAUGACUGAACAUUCCCACGUCAGCCACGGAAUCGGACUUGGCUUCAAUGGAAGGUAUUGGCUUGAUUUGACUCCUUCAGACCUGAUCUGGAACACUUCAGACACCGGCUGGGCAAAAUCAGCGUGGAGCAGUGUUUUUGGUCCUUGGAGCCAAGGAGCGGGCGUGUUUGUCCAUCACAUGCCACGCUUUGAUCCUAAACUUGUCCUUGAAACGCUGUCCAAAUUUCCAAUCACGACUUUAUGUUCUGCGCCAACUGUUUAUCGGAUGCUUGUCCAACAUGAUUUCAGCAGUUAUAAAUUCCAGAGCCUCAAACACUGUGUAAGUGCGGGAGAACCCAUCAACCCUGAAGUGAUGGACCAGUGGAAAACAGAAACCGGCCUGGACAUUUAUGAAGGCUACGGGCAGACGGAAACGGUGCUGGUUUGUGGAACUUUCAAGGGAAUGAAAAUCAAGCCAGGAUCUGUGGGGAAACCAACACCAGUCUAUGAUACUCAGGUAAUAGAUGAAAAUGGUAACGUUUUGCCUCGUGGGAUAGAAGGAGAUCUCGCUCUCCGAAUCAAACCAGCAAGACCAUUUUGCCUCUUCGCUCAAUAUACGGAUGAUCUAGAAAGAACAGCUUCAACCAUUCGCGGGGACUUUUACAUCACUGGGGACCGAGGAUAUCAAGAUGAGGAGGGCUACAUCUGGCUGGUAGGACGGAGAGACGAUGUAAUCAAUUCUGCUGGAUACCGCAUCGGACCCUUUGAAGUGGAGAAUGCUUUGAUAGAACACGAUGCGGUGGUUGAAGCGGCCGUCGUCAGCAGCCCAGACCCUAUUCGAGGCGAGGUGGUGAAAGCCUUUGUAGUUUUGGCCCCUGAAUACAUUUCCCAUGACCAAGAAGCCUUGAUUAAGGAACUACAGGACUACGUCAAGACGGUCACUGCCCCAUACAAGUACCCUAGAAAGAUGGAGUUUGUUCCACAUUUGCCAAAGACGAUCAGUGGGAAAAUCAGAAGAAACGAAUUGCGCAAGAAAGAAUGGGAACAAGCGUAGAAUUCCUCAUCUGUUUACUUUCUGAGUGAGCAAUCGUUCCAGGAAUAAAAGCCUGUUGCGUUACUCUCCAAAUUUAGAAAUUUUGAGUCCCGAAAGCUUCACAUUGGCGGUCCCUUCGUGGGCCUGUUUGUCCAACUAGCUCUCCUCUGCUUACUUAUCAGCGGUUGAACUUCGUACAAAACCCUAACCGUAGCUGGCCAGGUUAAGCAAAGAUGCAACUCUGCUUCCAGAUGUCGAUUUUUCAGACAGAAAGAACACAGAGUACCCUGGAGAAAGACCCAAAAAACGGUAUGUUUCACAGUCCAGAUGUUAGCAGCAUCAUAAACCUACAGGGAGCUGCAUGACCAAGCCAGAUACGUAAACAAUACAUAAAUCAGAACAUUCUAACAUUUCUAAUCCCUAAAGGACAAAAGUCCAUACGAGAACACAGAGACAUUUUGACCAGCUCAAUUAAGCAAUGAUAGUGCGGGUUUUUCAAAGCUAGGUUACCGAAGAAAGUAGAACUGCAAUUUGUUACGGUAGAACCGUGUUUCUCAACCUUGACCACUUGAAGAGAGAUGGACUUCAACUCCCAGAAUUCCCCAGCCAGCCGAGCUCCACAGUCAAAUAGACCCCCUUUGAAGUUCAAAGGUUGAACGUGGCCGGCUUUCAAGCUAAGCUAUUAAUAUUGUUGGACUUAUCCUUUUCACAGUUACCUAACACGCUGUAAAAGUCAAGCCAUCAAUAGAAAGAAAGAAAAAGCAAGGAUUUGAUUUUAACUGCAUGCAUUUCAGCUAAUUACCAAAUUCCAAAUUAAAAUAAUUUCAUCAACGAGACCAUAUCGUCCCCUUUAUCUUUUGAAUGCUGAAAGCUUAAUCUCCAUGGUAUGUUUUAUAGUUCAGGCAAUGUUCCCACCAUGCCAGCUUCUUCUGAAUUCCUGAAAGAAUCUGUACGUGUCAUUCCGUUCACCAGAUUUUUAUGAUCUCCUGACUGCGCAAUGUUUCAGAUAUAAUUGGGAAACGGCGCUUCACAAUACCCCGGCACCUUGUCUGUGAUUCAUUAAAGCAGCUGCAUCCUUUUCUGGAAUUUUAUGCCUGCUGUGCUAUGGAAAUUUGGGACAGUGAAAAAGCAUGCUGAAUACAACU